AUGGCGCUUCGCAUGCUCGCGUUGGGAGUGCUGGCCGAGAAGGUGCUAGGGCUGGUGCUCAGCGAAGUUGCAAAUCGUGGCUUCGACUACAGGCAGAUCGCGAGGUCACUGAUCGGGAAAGCACAAGACUUGACGCCAGAGGCCUGCGACCAGCAGUGUCUGGCGAAUCCCGACUGCAUCUCAUGGCAGGUUUGCGCACCUAUAGGUGGUGGCUGUGAUGGCUGCUAUCAGAUGCGGAACUGGCCGGAAAUCGGCGAGAAAUCUGGCUGGUUCGCCCGCGUGCUUGAAGAUCGAGCACGGAGCAAAAAUCUGACUGUAGGGGAACACAAUGCGCUGCCUUCAAACGUCAGCAUGCCCACCACGACAGAGGGCUGCAAGGAGUUUCUGCUGUCUGCAAACGGUGGAGCACCGGAGUCGGACCUGAACCACUCCAUCUACAACAGGUGUGGCGAGAUGCUGCGCAGCACAGACGAGGCCAAGGGCAUCGCAGUGCUUGGCCAGCACUGGCCUGUUUCGCUAGUCUACAACUUUCGUGACCCUGCAAUCUCGGUCCCGCCAGAGAUAGAGGAGCAGUGGAAGGGAAGUGGAAACGCAGUGCGGCAGUCUGCCUACCAGGAGCCCGGGGGCCCUGGAUCUGUGACUGCAGAGUUGCACAGUUCGACCAACACAGAGGUGUUGCCCAAGACGCCCCUGCAUGCCUUUGCACUUCCGUUCUACGAUACCAACAUCGCGCAUGGCAUCAUGCAAAUGGGAACCAUGAACCCAAUGCAAAACUACCAGAUGCAGGCACUCCUGCGCCCUGGUGACACCGUGGUGGACGUGGGUGCCAAUCUAGGAUCCUACACAAUCCCUUUCGGCGAGAGAGUGGGGCGUGAGGGAAAGGUCUUGGCUUUCGAGCCAUUUCGCUGGCUAUACCAGCUCGUGACGGCGAACGUCGCUCUGAACGGACUGUCCAAUGUCUGGACUUUCAAUGUGGCUCUCGGGGAACGCAAGCAAAGGUUUUAUGGUCGCCCACCGCAGCUUCGAUUUUUCAGCAGUCCUGGUGGUGCCAAGGUGAACUACGCUGAGCAGGAUGGGGCGCCAGGCGCGCAGGAGAGCAUGCACAUCAACCAAGCCGUGCAACUGUACGACUUCGAGACUGAUCCGGAAGAGACUUUAAUGCUCGCCCUGGACGAGGUGCUCUCCGGUCAAACAGACCUGAAGCCACCCGUUGUGCAGAGCAUCAGGCUUAUCAAGAUCGAUGUUGAGGGCAUGGAAACGAAUGUGGUGCUUGGCGCCAUGAAUGCCAUCUAUCAGUUUAAGCCCAUCAUCUGGAGCGAGAACGAUGACUAUUUUGACAGGAGUGAUACGAAAUUCCUGGCCAUCAUGGAGCAGUUGGAAUACCAAUGUGCAAAGGUGGAGACAGCUCCGAAAGAUCUUAUGUGCACGGACAAUGAGCGGCUUCCGGAGUCUGCACGCUGGUCCGUAUCCUACGUGGAGGCCUCAAAGGCACAGGUGAGGCGGCGGCAAGAAGAGGAGAAGACCGCGAGGUGGAAUGCCGGGAAUCAUGACAGCACCGAGUUCUUUAGGAAGAUGGGACAGACGAUGGCGGACACCGAGAGGUUCAAGGCGACCUGUCGCAGCGCCACCCUGGCAUCCCCAUCGAGACAGAAUGAGGAGAAGGUGAGCCUGGAGUUCGCGGGCAGGUAUAUCGACAUCGCGAAGGCCCUCGCUGACUUUAGCAAUACCUGCAUCAGUGACGACACGGAAAGAGGGCUCAAGACCAUCAAUGCAAACGGCACGGUGGAUGCGCCUGCAGGCCUGAUGCACCUGAAGGACCCCGCGGCGCAAGAACAACGGCGCCAAGCCGAGACGGAGGCCGCCACGAAGGUUCAAGCCAUGGAGAGAGGUCGCAAGGCACGAAAGCAGGCCAAAGAGGAGCGAGAGACAGUCGAGGAGGAGGAACCGAGCCAAGAGAGUGCGCCUGCACCUGGCUCCUCCUCAUCUCUUCCGAACGAGGGCUCGCAAGAGGUUGAGCCGCCUCCCGCGCCUCCUCCGCCUCCGCCUCCAGCCGGCGAGGAAGAGGAGAGGAGAUCUGCGUCGGACAACGAAAACGAUGACGCCUUCGGAGAGAUUGAGGAGGAGUUCUCUCCGAAGACCGACAUCGUGGGCCCCAUCAUCAGCAUAGUUGGUGCCCCCGCCACGAACACCAGUGCUCCGAACUCGCGAAAGAACUCUAGACGUUCCUCCGAGGAGAGCGACAGCGGUGGCGAGUCCGAGGCAUCCGAGAAUCCGGACGACGAGUGGCCGCCGAAGCCUCCCAUUGUGCGUUUCCGGGCGCAGUGCGAGUUCUCCAACCAGUUCAAGUCUGCGGAAGUGAAAGAAGAGCGGCGCCGCUCCAUCCAGCAGGCUCAGGAAAGGAAGCAGAUCAAAAUAGAUGCCAAGGAGGUCAUCCAGGACAUGACGCUGACCUGGAUUAACAUGUAUUUCAAGCUUGAUGUCGUGUCCCCACGUGACCUUACAGCGGGCUUCUCUAUCAUCAUUCUGACGAUGAUGGAUGUCAUCUAUCCAAAGAAAGUCCGAUGGCACCAGGUGGAUUGGAACGUGGCGUACAUGCGGGCUCUGGCACACAAUCACAGGGUGCUGGAGAAGCACUGGAACGAGGUCAACAUGGACAAGGUCAAGGAUCUUCGACGAGAUCGCAUUGGAAUGUCCAUCGAGAACACCUUAGACGCCUCUAUAGAGGAUAAGCUGCAUUUCCUGAAGCAAGUGAAGCGCUGGUUCGAUUGCCGGGUCCAGCACUCUGCCGCCUACGACCCUAUCAAGCGGCGCACCGAGGUGGAGAAACAGAUCCGACUCACGGGCCGCUUGAUGAAGUUUCCCACCUGGAUGCAGUACGACAAGGAGGAAGUCCAAGCCAGCCGUGCGACCAAGCCCGACAAGAACAAGAGAAGGUCGGAACAGACAGAGCCAACUACUGAGUACGAGAAGAUGCCAGAGCUCCAGCCUCAGAGAAGUGCCAGCGUGUUCAAAGAGAACUCUGGGCGUUUUCGUCCCUGCAACGGUGUGAAAUUGGCGAAGCUUUUUCCGUUUCACACCCUUCUCGCUCUCGCUCUCUGCUCCGGCGGCAUGUUUCUGGAUUCGCGGCGAGUUAUGAUUCACCCGGCGGAGGAGAAAGAUGAAGAGUGCCUGCUUGCCUCGCCAGAGCAAUGCUCAGAUGCGAUUUUUUCCCGAAAGGUGGAGGCGGAGGCCAAGGCGUGCUGGACUCGGAGGCCUGCGGCGGCAGCGGUCGCCUCCUUCCUUCUGAGUGUCGGAGUCUUGACCGGCGUUGGCGUUGGAUUCCAUCUGCGAGGGCAGCAUCGCAGCCUUCGAGAGCCUGCUUAUGAGAGUCUCUACAAGUUUGGCCAAGCAGCUGACCUAGCCCACUACGAGAAGGCGAUCGAAGGCGUCUGCUCAAAGAGUGCCCAGCAUGACCAUAGUCAGGCGAUGCCCAUCACGAAACCGAUGGUUAUUCCGCGUGCAAAUCUCUGCACAAGCAAGUUGCUGUCCACUGACUUUCCCUGCGGCUUCACCAGAAAUUGGUCCUGCCCGUCCUUUCCGCCAGCUGUGAAGGCCACUGCAAACGGCAUUGCGGCAAACGACGGUUCUCUUGGUUACCACUGUUGCUGUGAGAUCGAGCGACUCAGGUCUGUGACUUGGUCCAGACAUCCUUUCGAGGAUGACGCAGACUCGAUGCCGGAGCCGCAGAAAGUGCGGAUAAAGGUCGUCACCUACAACAUCUUUUGGUGGAACCUCUUCGGCAUUCAUAAGGGCAACGGUGGAACUGCUGGAGGUGUCGUGGCGACAUCAAACGUGCGGGAGCCCAUCGACUUGAUUGCCUUUCAAGAGUGUCGAGACAAAGACCGUGUGCUGGACGACGCUGGCCUCUUGAACAGCUUCCAUACCUUUGCCGGAAUGUACGAGAAAUGCAUUGCUCUCAACAAGGAGGCAUGGAUUUGGCUGGAGGAGGGCGAGGAGGACGUCGCGGCAGAUGUCUACUGGAACAAUUUCGGACCCCGCGGAGUGAUUUGGGCUCGGGUGAUGCACAGAGCAAGUGGUCUCCGUGUAUUCUUCGCCAACCAUCACGGCCCUCUCGCUGUCAAUUCGGGUGGCCAGUGUGGUGGCUUUCGGACGGCCAGAAACCUCUUGAGGGUUAUCCACGAGAAAAGCGAACCCGGUGACGUUGUUAUCUUGGCAGGGGACUUCAACGCCAAUCCUGCUUCACACACAAUUCAGGAGUUGCGCAAGAGCCUCAUCCAUGUCCACGCAGGCACCGUUCUCGGAGGAAUCGACAACGUCUUCACGAACCUGAAGCCGUCCACUGUGGUUGCAAGAGAAGACCUGGGUUCUGGGGGCAGCGAUCAUCACGCGCUGGCCACCAUCUUCGAGGUCGAUACACGAGGCUACCAACAGCCCGCUGUGCCCUCUCAGGAUGCGGACUACAGCGAAGAGAUACUUGGAGGGUUGCGCAAGGGUUUCCCUGGGGAUGAUUGGGGCGAGUUCUGGUGCGGGCUGGAGCACACUGAUGUCAGCUACAACCCUGUCGGUGGGUCCGGACGGAUCUUCGACUCCAAGAAAGUCGCCACGCCGGACUGGUGUUGCCGAUAUUGCCAACGCAGCAGCAGCUGCAAGGCGUUCCGCUUCGAAGGCAUCCCUGGCAGCAACACUACAAGGUGUACAUUCCUGACGGAUUACGAGCCUGGCCUGAAGGAUGCAAACUGCAGCUUCGUUGCUUCGGGAUUGGCUGCGGAGUGGGCCAUACAGUCCGUGGAGCGGAGCUUCCGCGCAGAUACUCGCAUAGCAGUUCUAUGA